GGAGAAGCUUCGUUGCACGCGACCUGGUGUGUGAUCUCCGAGUGGGUGGGGGAGGGUCCAGGAGGAAAAAAAAAUAAGACGUUGUAGAAGAGACCUGGGAAGGGCGUUUUUUGUUUUUGUUUUUUUGGGGCUGGUGUGCCAGUUGCUUCCUGCGACCCUGAGUCUCCUGGCCUUUGCAGUGCAAUGUCCCGCCUGCUGCAUGCAGAAGAGUGGGCCGAAGUGAAGGAAUUGGGGGACCACCAUCGCCAUCCGCAGCCGCACCACCUCCCGCAACCCCCGCCGCCACAGCCACCUGCGACUCUACAAGCCAGAGAGCAUCCCGUCUACCCGCCCGAGCUGUCCCUUCUGGACAGCACCGACCCACGCGCCUGGCUGGCUCCCACUUUGCAGGGCAUCUGCACGGCACGCGCCGCCCAAUAUUUGCUGCAUUCCCCCGAGCUGGGUGCAUCCGAGGCCGCAGCGCCCCGAGAAGAGGCGGACAGCCGUGGGGAGCUGGUAAGGAGGAGCAGCGGCUGUGGCGGCAGCAGCAAGAGCCCCGGGCCGGUGAAAGUGCGGGAACAGCUGUGCAAGCUGAAAGGCGGGGUGGUAGUGGACGAGCUGGGCUGCAGCCGCCAGCGGGCCCCUUCCAGCAAACAGGUGAAUGGGGUGCAGAAGCAGAGACGGCUGGCAGCCAACGCCAGGGAGCGGCGCAGGAUGCACGGGCUGAACCACGCCUUCGACCAGCUGCGCAACGUUAUCCCGUCGUUCAACAACGACAAAAAGCUGUCCAAAUAUGAGACCCUGCAGAUGGCCCAGAUCUACAUCAACGCCUUGUCUGAGCUGCUACAAACGCCCAGCGGCGGGGAGCAGCAGCAGCCGCCACCAGCCUCCUGCAAAGGUGACCACCACCACCUUCGCGCCGCGGCCUCCUACGAAAGUGGUGCGGGCCCUGCGACGCCAGCAGGGGCUCAGGCGGCCUCCGCAGGGGGGCAGCGGCCGACUCCGCCCGGGGGUUGCCGGACUCGCUUCUCUGCUCCAGCUACCGCGGGAGGGUACUCGGUACAGCUGGACGCUCUGCACUUCUCGACUUUUGAGGACAGUGCCCUGACGGCGAUGAUGGCACAAAAGAAUCUGUCGCCUUCUCUGCCCGGAAGCAUCCUACAGCCAGUGCAGGAGGAGAGUAGCAAAACUUCUCCUCGAUCCCACAGAAGCGACGGGGAGUUUUCCCCCCAUUCCCAUUACAGUGACUCGGAUGAGGCCAGUUAGGAAGGUGACAAAACCCUGAAAACUGACACAGAAACAAAACCGUCCUUGCCCCGUGCGCGGGAAGCCCCGCGGUUAAAGAUCCCCGCACCCUUUAAUUUUUGCUCUGCGACAGUCGUUGUUUAGCAACGACUUGGCUUCAGAUGGCAGCUAUAUUCGAUGAUUUACAAAUGCCGCCGCCGUUCCAAACUUCCUACGGUCCAUAUUGUUUGAUGAAAACUUACUGUUAAAGUUCUGUCCUUUCCCCACCCCCCAAAUUCUGCUCCCCACGUAGACAGUUAGGGUAUUAAUUAUUUGUACCCAUAUAUGGCAUCAUUACUCUAGUUCCCUGCUGCCAAUACGCUGCUAAAAGCUCGCAUCUUCUUCUCUGUCGCUGGUUUGGGUUUAAUUUAUUUUGUGCCCUGGCAAUCCAUCACUGUGUGUUGCGCGCACUCUCGCGAGGGAGAAUUAGUCUUCCAAAGCUGUUUCCCGAAAUGCAUUAUAAAACGCAAAGUUAAUGCUUCCAAAGUAAAUAACUUUUAACUGUGGAAUUGUUAGAAAGAGAGGAACUUUAAGGCUUACGUGUUGUAUAAACAUACGCAGUAUGUAUAUCUGACGCAAAAGGUUUGGCGUCUUUUCGGAAACUUGGCGCACGCACUUUAUCAGCUGCUGCCGCUGCUGCUCCACCAGGAGAAAACGCAACUGCCAAUUGCAGACCCGUUUUUUUUUUUUUAAUUUUUAAACAUAGCCACUUAAACUUCCAAGCUCUUUGCAAAUGUUUGUUUAAAAAAUGGAAAAAAAUGAAAAAAUAUAGUAGUGUCAAAAGCAUUUGGUCAAUUUUAUUUUGCUUUGUUAAUGUUAGAAAACUUAUUUAUUAUUGAAUGUUUGCUACCAUUUCUACUUAUCUUGAUUGGUUUGUUUUUUACAUUUUCUACUCGAGAUCAUUUUAUUUUAAUUUAGCAAAGCCAACUGCCAUUGCUUUAUGUAUUUACUUUUGCAAAGAUGAAAAUAAACGUGAAAAG